AUGGCAUUCUUGGCCCAGUUUAUGGGCUCAAAGGCUAGAACUACACUCAAAGAACGUCUAGUGAGCAUCAAGCAGGGAAGAAGUGAAUCCCUCAAAAGCUAUCUGGGUAGAUUCAACAAGCAAUCCAUGGAAGUAGAAAAAAUAUCUGACGAUGCGGCACUCAUGGCCGUAUUAGCAGGACUAAGACCCAAAACAAGAUUCAUGGUCAGUACACGAGGACGGCCCAAGACUUAUCACGAGUUCCUGAAUCGAGUUGAGAAACACAUAAGCACUGAGGAGGCAACCUCUGACCAAGAGGAAGUAAGACAAGAAAUUGACCUUAAUGAUGCGGUGAAAGAAAAAAAAUCAAGCCGCAGUCCUCAACCAGAAAGAAAGAAGGACAUGAGAGAAAGAGAUCAUCCCAGGGCUCAGCCGUACAAGUUUCGGGAGUACCACCCACUCAAAGCCUCCUUGAAAGAGGAGUUUGUUACCAAGCCAAAAGAAGCAGAUCGACCUACGCUGCAACAGCCACAGCUGCAAGGGGCCCCCACACAAACCCAACAGGUGAUCCCCAACCGUAACCCACUUUCACAUGCCGAAAUCAAAAUGAUGGUGGGCGGAAAUCAGUAUAUUGAAGGAUCCAGAAGGGCCAGGCGAAGGAAAGCUCGAAGUGCAAAAAUCCUACCGAACUACUGGGAUCAAAUCCCUAGGACCGACAUUGACCCUGAAUCGUUCUGGUUCAUGGAAGAAGAUUCUGAAGGAAUCCUCCAAGACCAGAGUGACGCCCUGGUGGUCACAAUGAUGGUCACCGGAGUGAAAGUCCAUCGCACUCUAGUGGACAAUGGAAGUUCGGUCAAUAUACUGUACUCACGAACCUUGAGGCAGUUGGAAAUAUUAAUUCGCUACCUCCAACCAUAUCCAAGGAAACUACAGGGAUUUUCUGAGGAUCCUAUCGAAGCCCUAGGUCAGGUAGUCCUUAAUGUGGAGCUGGACGAAGCUCCUCGCCAAAGAAGAAUCUUAGCGGAUUUUGUGGGGGUCGAUUUACCGUCCAAUUACAAUGCAAUAUUGGGACGACCCAUUUUGCACGAACUAAAGGCUGCCACGUCAAUUUAUCACUAUUGUGUGAAAUUUCCCACCCCUUACGGGACUGGAAUUAUCUGA